CGUGCUGACGUCAGUGAUUGUGUCAACCAAGUAGUUGCUAGCUACAGCUAGCAACUUGGUAAGCUAGCUUGUAGUAAGAUUUCUAAACGGAUUCCUGUUCGACCUACGACACCAUGAGGUUUUGAACACUGUGACUCGGGACUUACGCUCCCGAUAGGUGUCUGUCAUAUUUAGGGUUUACAAGAAUGGAAGACUUGAGGAAAGCAGAGAGCAGUUGUGACGAAUUAGCUAGCACAAAUAAACAGGGAAGCUAAGCUACAGUUGUAGGGCAUUCUGUCUUCCUCUUAUCAAAGAAAGGAAGUUCGGAUGUUCUUGGUAGGAGAAGUCGGGGGUUCUGGUAAAGGAAGCGUGAAGGCGUUAUGUCGGAAAGUUCCGGUUUUUAGAAAUUCCGAGAUGCGGAAAGGGGUCGUGGAACAAACUGGAUAGCGCUUGCUAAUAGUGAGCUCUAUUGGGAUACAGUAACGGGAGGAGGAGGUUAAAAAAAUCACUGCGAAUGUCCGCCGAACCAGACUACCAUCAGCUGACAGCGCAGACCAAGAAAGUGACGGACAACCAGGAGAUAACCGUGGUUUAUGAGGACGUCAAACUGCCAACUGUGUGGACUUUAUACCGAUGAACCUUCUCCAGAAAUUUCAAUGGGAUGCCCAUGUGCCAAAAAGUCUCAACCCUGGCUACCCAUCAAGGACCUGGCAAGAGCGUAGCCACGUUGGUUCAGAAAUGACGCCUACAGUGGCACGCAGAUCCGCAAGAACUUUCAGCUGCAACUGAAAUCUAGACAUUCUCCUGUUGUCCUUGCUUGAUGAAACCGUCUGGGUCGUCAUUUUGUCCCCGUCGGAGGUGCCGCUGUAGACUCAUGGUGGCGUUGCUCCAGUCGUUGCAGUGUGUCUCGGGCCGCAGCCUUGGAGGAACCAUCGCAGCUUUGGGUUGAAGCAGUAAGCAGAGAUGGGCUAUCAAGCUCUCCAAAUCUUGAGGCAGGGCGUGUGGGCGUCGCUCACGGGAGGCUGGUAUGUGGACCCCCAUCAGAGCACCUUCUCCAACUGCUUCCACUUGUACCUAUGGAUAUUUCUCCUGGCGUUCCCCUUUCUGCUGUACAUGGCCCUUCCUCCUACCCUGGUGGUGGCAGGUGUGUACUCCGCUGUGGUGGCGGUCUUUUUCACCACCAUCAAGGUGGUGAACUACCGUCUUCACGCCAUGUUUGACCUUGGGGAGAUUGUGGAGAAGAAGCAGGCCUCACUGACAGCUGAUGCCCCGAGGGCAGAGGAAGGAGGUGAAAGUUCAGGAGCUCACGAUGGGAAUCAGCACAGGGAUAGUCAUGUUGGAGUUGAGAUGACUGUUUUUCGGAAGGUCAACUCGACCCCACCAGUGCGCUGUAGCUCCCAGCAUUCCUUGUUUGGACUGAACCAGGUCUCGGAUUUCUUGCCGCAUCUGGAUGAUGCGGGAGCUCCUAAGAAUAUCAAAGAUUUAAUGCGAGAACAAGGAAGCAAUAACGUCAUUGUGACAUCAGCGGAGCGAGACCUUGUGCGCCAGAGUUCCCAGAACGCCAUAAGGCCUCCCAGUGUUUCCACUGCACUGAGAGAAGAUCUCCAUGGUCUUCUGGAAGCAGUGGGGGUAUCAGGUGGGGAUUGCUUGUCCAUCCCUCCCUCCCCGUCCAGUCAAGAAGAUGGAGGCGAGAAGGAACAGUUGGAGGAGCUGCCGGAACAACUCUCUCACCAUAACGCUAAGGACAAGGGCUUAGGAGCUUAUUCUCCAUUCGGUCCCUCUGCCGAAUCUGAGAGCCUCGGGGACACCCCCCUCAGCCCCCUCAUAAAGAGCAGCUUGAGCGAGGAGCUGAGUGAAAACCUGCUGGGACUGGGCCUUGACCCGGGGGCGUUCGCGCCGGCUUCUGAGCAGCCCGGCAGCCGCAGCGGGGUGGCGCUGGCUGCUGGCUCCACAGACAGCUGUUUCAGCGCGGGGGGAGCCACCACGGACCGCGAGACACUAAGCACCGUCAGCAGCUACCGCAGCGAAAAAACGGACUCCACGCAGCUGGAGAGCCCUUCAGUGAGCCAGUCACAGGCUGCUGACGAGCAGGCGGCAGCGCCGGCACCGGGGGCUGCUGUUGUCAAGACCACUGAGGACACGGCGGCACAGGGGGGCAGCGACACCGACAAUCUGUCUGAUAGUGUACUCCUUCGCUCCCCCUCCAAAGAUUUCUCCGUCAGUCAAGGACUAGACCGGACCCUCGUCGAAGGGGAGGACUUGCCCCCCGCCCCUUCUGACGCGGCUCCGCCCCCUCCUCUGCAGAACUCUUCUCCUUCCAGUAGCGGCUGCUCAGAAGUUUGUGACUUAGACCGAAGGGCUCCACUUCCUCCUCUCCCCCCACCUCGGCAGGCCAACUCGGUGCCUUCAGGGCUGGCCCUGGGUCUGGUGUGCUCCGAGCCAGCCCUGCCCAUCUCCUCCGCCCCUUUCCUGCUCUCCGACCAGCCCACUCUCCAAACCCAGCAAGUGGUGCGCCCCAAAGACUUGAAGCUGCUGCGGGCCAGCGGCGGUAGCUCCGGCCACCGGCCGGGUCGGAGGAAAGCUGUGAGGAGGCGGGCGGGGGCGGGCAGCAGCAGCUUCGACUGCGGUUCCUACAGGCGGCACCACAACCAUAGACAGCACAGAGAUUACAUCCCAGUGCGCAACCGACUGGGGGCCAAAGCUUACAGUGAAAGUCUGUUCGAGGACUCCAGCGAUGACGACGAUGACGGCAGCGACGUGAGCGCUGGGUCCAGUCUGGGCUCCCAGAACCGCUUCAGCUCAGACGACGACGACGACUCCAGCUCGUCUACCUCCUGUUACUCUCCAGACCUUGCCAACACCGUCAUGAAAUCCUCUCUCCCCACCGCCGCUCAGCUGCCCUCCCCCAGAGAGGAAGACUUGCCGGGACCUGCGGGUGCUUCUCACCCUCGCGCCGCGCAGCGCUCCUCCAGCACGGCCAGUGCUAAGACUCACGCCAGGGUGCUCAGCAUGGACGGGGCGGGCGGAGGCCAGAGCACUGCAGCAACGGUGCCCUCCACUCUCAUUACUAUGCCCUCCACCUCCACCCCCGCUCCACGCACCCUCACCAUGUCUAAGUCAGACUUGGAAGCUCGGCCCGCUCACACCGACGCCUUCUCUGGGACUUAUCAUCGGCUGGAUUCUCUUGGGGGAUCUUGGACCGGCAACCAGAUGGGCUGGAAGGCAGGAGAGCUGGUCGAAGAAGGAGCGGUGGGAGGAGCUUUGGCUUCAGAGGACGGUAACAAACAUGAAGCAGUCAGCAGUGUGAAGAGGACCCAGGCCAUUCGCAGAAGACACAACGCUGGAAGCAACCCGACGCCGCCUCCGUCCACCAUGGGGUCCCCUCCCAGCCUUCAAGACCUGCAGCGCACCCGCACCUCCUCCCAUUCACGCACCCGCACCCUGCCCUCCGCUUUGCAGUUUGCCUCCUCCCUCCUGCUGCCCCGCAGUGGAAUCCACGAGGCCUCCACCUUUGACGACACGUCGGAGGGGGCGGUGCACUAUUUCUUUGAUGAAAGCGGAGUGAAGAGGUCUUACACAUUCGGACCAGCUGGAGGCGGCUAUGAGGACCCGGUUCAGGAAAGAGAGAGGCAGUCUCAGUCAUCGAGCUUCACGUCCACGGAAGUCCCUGAAGGCGCUCCGGUUCUAUCCGUGCUCCAGCCCAGACCUGUGGUUCUCCAGGGAAUGCAGGUUCGGCGGGUACCUCUGGAAAUGUCCGAGUUUGAUCUGGAUCAUGAAUCCUUGCAAGAGUCCCAGGAGAACACGCAGAUGAUCGAGGAGAAAGCCAAACCCAAACAGUAUUACCGCUUUUGGGUGCUACCGGGAAAAUGGCUGAGGGUUCGAUAUGAUCGAUUGGCUCUUCUGGCUUUACUGGACAGGAACCGGCGCGUGGGAGAGAACGUGUUUGCCGUCGUUCUGGCCAGUUUGGUGGCUUUCCUCGGCUUUCUUCUGCUGCUUCAGGGCUUUUUCAGGGACAUCUGGGUUUUCCAGUUCUGCCUGGUCAUCGCCAGCUGCCAGUACUCCUUACUGAAGAGCGUACAACCGGAUGCUGCCUCUCCCAUGCACGGUCAUAACUGGAUCAUUGUGUACAGUCGGCCGGUCUACUUCUGCUUGUGCUGCGUGAUGAUCUGGAUCUUAGACCUUUCUGGACACUCUGGAAGCCUGCAGCCCUUUUCUCUCUAUGGAGUCACUUUCUUGUCUGCACACUUCCUGCUGUGUGUCAGAGACAUGCUUAUUGUCUUCGCCCUGUGUUUCCCGGUCAUUUUCCUGUUUGGACUGCUACCUCAAGUCAACACUUUCAUGAUGUGUCUGCUUGAGCAGAUCGACAUGCACGUUUUUGGUGGAACUGCUACGACCAGCCCGCUCUCCGCUCUCUACAGCCUCGCACGCAGCCUCCUCGUGGCGGCCCUGCUCUACGGAUUUUGUCUCGGUGCCAUCAACGCCCCUUGGGGAGACGCCCAUGUACCGGUUCUGUUCUCCGUGUUCUGUGGGCUCCUCUUGGCCUUGUCCUACCACCUCAGCCGUCAGAGCAGCGAUCCGACCAUCCUCUGGUCACUCGUCCGGUCUAAAUUAUUCCCAGAACUGGAGAACAGAACACCCGAAGAACCUCCCGUUGAGAUCAAGGACCCCCUCCCUGAGAAGCUGCGUAACUCCGUGAGUGAGAUUCUUCACUCAGACCUGGUCAUGUGUCCCCUCAUGGCUGUCAUCACGUUCGCCAUCAGCGCCAGCACCGUGUUUAUCGCUCUGCAGCCUGCUCUCAGCUUUGUCCUGUACAUCCUGGCCGGAGUGGUGGGCUUCAUCACUCACUACCUGCUGCCUCAGCUCCGCAAACAGCUGCCGUGGUUCUGCCUGGCUCACCCCGUGCUCCGCUCCAAAGAGUACAGCCAGUUCGAGGUCCGAGAUGCCGCUCAGCUGAUGUGGUUUGAGAAGCUGUAUGCGUGGCUUCAGUGUGUGGAGAAAUACCUGAUCUACCCGGCGGUGGUUCUGAACUCCUUAACAACGGAGGCCCGAACAGUCGGACAGAGCCACAAAGAACUCGACAUCUACAGCCGAGCGUUCUUCAUCUCAGUGGCGGGCAUGAAGCUGCUGCGCUCGUCCUUCUGCACGCCGUCGCAGCAGUACGUCACGCUGUGCUUCACAACGCUCUUCUUUCACUUCGACUACCCACAAUUCUCAGAGACCUUCCUGAUUGACUACUACUUCAUGUCCAUUCUCUUCAGCAAGAUGUGGGACCUGCUGUACAAGCUGCGAUUCGUGCUGACUUACAUCGCUCCGUGGCAGAUCACCUGGGGGUCGGCCUUUCAUGCUUUCGCUCAACCCUUCGCCGUGCCCCACUCUGCCGUGCUCUUCGUCCAGGCCAUCUUCUCCGCUGCCAUCUCCACCCCUCUCAACCCCGUGUUAGGCAGCGCCGUGUUCGUCACGUCUUACACCAGACCCGUCAAGUUCUGGGAGCGAGAUUACAACACUAAGAGGGUCGAUCACUCCAACACCAGACUGGCCACUCAGUUGGACAGAAACCCAGGUGCUGACGACAACAAUUUGAACUCUAUUUUCUACGAGCACCUGACGCGCUCCCUGCAGCACAGCCUGUGUGGAGACCUGCUGCUGGGCCGCUGGGGGAACUACAGCACGGGCGACUGCUUCAUCCUCGCCUCCGACUACCUCAACGCUCUGGUGCACAUCAUCGAAAUCGGAAACGGCCUGGUCACAUUUCAGCUGAGGGGUCUGGAGUUCAGAGGCACCUACUGUCAGCAGAGGGAGGUGGAGGCCAUUACAGAAGGGGUGGAGGAGGAUGAGGGCUGCUGCUGCUGUGAACCGGGUCACCUGCCCCACAUGCUGUCUUUCAACGCCGCCUUUGGGCAGCGCUGGCUGGCCUGGGAGGUCGCCGCCACCAAGUAUGUUCUGGAGGGAUACAGCAUCAGCGACAAUAACGCCGCCUCCAUGCUGCAAGUCUUUGACCUUCGCAAGAUCCUCAUCACCUAUUACGUCAAGAGCAUCAUCUACUACGUGAGUCGCUCCUCAAAGCUGGAGGAGUGGCUGGAAAACGAGACGGUUCAGGAGGCGCUGCGGCCUUGUCUGGGUCCUAACUAUGUGGACAGUGACCCCACCUUUAACUUGAACAUCGAUGAGGACUACGACCACAGAGCGUCCGGCAUCACCCUGUCCUCCUUCUGCAUGGUUUACCUGGACUGGAUUCAGUACUGUAACAGCAGGCGUCAGACGCCGGUGCCUUAUGAGAGAGAUUCCCCGCUCGUCAACCUCUGCUUUGGGCUUUGCAUUCUGGGAAGGAGAGCUCUGGGCACCGCCUCCCACAGCAUGUCUGCAAGUCUGGAGCCGUUCCUCUACGGUCUGCACGCUCUCUUCAAAGGAGACUUCCGGAUCACGUCUCCCCGGGAUGAGUGGGUGUUUGCCGACAUGGACCUGUUGAACCGAGUGGUGGCUCCAGGAGUGAGAAUGUCCCUGAAACUUCAUCAGGAUCACUUCACGUCUCCGGAUGAAUAUGAAGAUCCCAUGGUUCUGUAUGACGCCAUCACCGCCAACGAGGAGAAGAUGCUGAUCUCUCACGAGGGCGACCCUGUGUGGCGCAGUGCUAUUCUGGCUAACAUGCCCUCGCUGCUUGCUCUGCGCCACAUCAUGGACGACGGCAGCGACGAGUACAAGAUCAUCAUGCUCAACAAGAGGUUCCUCAGCUUCAGGGUCAUCAAGGUGAACAGAGAGUGUGUUCGCGGGCUGUGGGCGGGGCAGCAGCAGGAGCUGGUUUUUCUGCGUAACCGCAACCCGGAGCGCGGCAGCAUCCAGAACGCCAAACAGGCCCUGAGGAACAUGAUAAACUCCUCGUGCGACCAGCCCAUUGGAUACCCCAUCUACGUGUCGCCUCUCACCACCUCCUACGCCGGGGGGCACGGCCAGCUCCGCUCGGUGUGGGGAGGCCCGGUCAGCCCUCACAACAUUUACACCUGGUUGAUCAGCAGCUGGGACAGGUUGCAGAAAGGCUGCGGCGCCGGCUGCAACAGCGGAGGAAACAUCGAGGACUCUGACUGCGGCGGAGGCUCCGCCUCCAUCCCCACUAACCCAGCUGCUCACGCCUCACAGAUGACGCCGGCCUCCAGCAUCCCCCAGCCUCACAUCACGACCGUGCAGCCCUCCAUGAGUUCAGAUCACCCGCCAGGCCUCACCCAGAGCUGGCCGCACCACCCGCAGCACCUCCCUUUAGCUCUGCUCAGUCAGUCGGAGGGCCGGAUGGAGGCCAGCCUGCUCUCCUCGCUCCAGCGGACGUCCUCCAUCCAGGGGCUGCUGGGCCAGCAGCUCUCCGCCUCGCAGCUGUCCUUCAGCUCCUCCGUGGCUCCUCCCCCUCUUCCGGGCCCCGAGCGCUUCUGCCCAGCGGCUCUCCUGGAAAACUCAGGGCACAGGGCUGGUCAGCGGGCUGGCCUGGCACACUGCGGUGGGCUGCAUUACGAAAGCCACUUCGGCAAGUGGAGCUUCUCCAGCAGGAAGGGCUUUAACGGACCAACGGAGGUGGAGGCGGGGCCGGUGCUGACCGUUCGCACUCAGCCCAUCCCCUCUGUGCCCCCCCAAGAGGCCAGUCCAGUACAGGAUCCUCUAGGAGCCACUCAGACCGCAGACGUGGCUUUGACGCCUGCGCGGGACCCCCUCGCCACCAGAGACGGAUCCACGGAGCUGCCUUUACUCGAUCACCUGCACUGAGUCUGUGAAAGCACACAGCGGGAGUCGCCGCGGAACUGGAAUCAAACUCUUCUCAGCCAAAGCGAGUGUCUUGCAGAACGCCGCUGGUUUUCACCAACCCGAUUAUCCCAAAGUCAUUGGUUUGACGGGAAGAGUUAACGGCAUGAACACUCCUCAAAGACACUCCACUUCUCUACGGACGGUUGUAGGAUAGUGACCGGGAUGAGCGGUCGGUGCAUUAGUGAGCGAUAUCAAGCAUCAGGAUGGUUUCUUUUUCUGCUCUGGAGAACGCCAGUCUGCAGCUGAUGUCUCCACCCCCCUCCCCUCUAUCAAGAAAGGAUCCGCUCAGCCUCUGCAGAACUUUUUAGAACCUUCUCGUCUAAAUCCAGCACAUCAGAGAGCGGUCCAGGCUCGUCCUGUUUUUGUUGUUUCCUCCUCCUAACAGCCUUUUACUCCAGCUGGAAAACUCCUCCUCAUUCAGGCCCGCGUGGGGGAGCUUGACCCGCCGGUUUACAGUGAACUCUGGCCUGAUUCUGACCGGUGAGAUGAACGUUGUGUUGAUCACAAACUUCUUAAUGUGGGAGGGUUUUUUUUUCCUGGAAGAAGCCUUAUCCAGUGAUCAGAAUGUCCUUUUUUGUUUCAGUUUACUUGAAAACUCUGGAGUCCUUCUUAGUUGAAGAUGUGCUGUUAAGUUUCUGUUUAGGUCCAGACUGCAGGAGCCAGGCUGCCCCGCCCCCCAUUCCCAUCCCCAGCACUACUACUUCUGCAUCUCCUGCUAUGAUACUACUACACCCACUACAACUGCUGUCUACGCCUACGUCCAGCGUUUUAGUUGGAAAUGAGCAACAGGUGGAAUAUUUAUUGGAUGCGUUUUGUCUUACAGGUGAGGGGUUUGUCUAUACGGGGGUGUGCUGUUGUGUUCUGAAUAGUGUAUCUGCCUUUUCUGUCCUCUUUUCGCCGGCCUCCUUCCUCCUUUUGUAUGGCGGCUGUCUGUUCCCAAGCUCCUCGUACAACUGGAAGCGUUUCUGAAGCGUCACUUGAAGCGUCUUGUUUUUGCACUCUGACCACUGUGAAAAGCAAACACUUUCAGUGGGUUUUUUUUAGUGUGAAGCUUAAAGAAACAAAAAGAAGAAGAAGAAGCAGUCAACCCCAGCAGAUGUUUGCCUCCUGUUCUCCUGGCUGCUGAGGUUUCAUCCCUCUGUUGUCUGCAGAGCAACAUUGUGCCAUAAUCCUUUAAUCGCCAGUUAGUCUUUUUGUAGGGACCUUAAAAAAAUAGCCGGACUCUUAUUUUGAAACAGAUUUCCCUCCUGAGGUCACAUUGAUGGAACAAAAGAUGCCAUUUUCUCCAGGUUAAAACAAAACUUCCUUGAGCUGUUCGGGUUAUACCAUUACAAAGUUUUGGGGGUGUUUGCCACAUUUUUUUUCUCCCCACAUGGAAAAAAAAACUGCACAAAAAUUAAUUUUACUCAAUAUCUACAUCCCUGAACAUUUUUAUAACCCCACAACUCAGGAAAAGCAGACUUUUUGAUCAUGGGUUUUCACUUCCUUUAGCAGCAGAGUGGCAAUCUUUUUUUCUCCUAUCUUUGCUGGAAGUCAGGGAAGCACAAGCUCAUAGACAGACGUGGGUGUGGAGAAAAAAAGGGACUUCUAAUCUUUGAAAUGAUGUACAGCAUGUUUGCUAUAUGAAUAUAUAUUUAAAAUAUAAAUCUAUUUUAUUAUUGGGUUUUUUGGGGAUUUUUUUUCCCAUCAGAAGCUGCAGUUUAGGGAGGGAUUUUUGAGUUUACCCGUCAGAAAGGAGAAACGUUCUUCACACUGAAAUCUGCAGUUAAGAGGAUUUUUUUUUUCUUUUUUGCACAUUCUGUAUCAUACACUUUUUUGGAUGGGGGUUGUCUUUUAUUUAAGAAGUUUAACUCGAUGUUCUGUAAAGUUUUUUUUUUUUUAUGUGGUUCAUUUUUUUCCCUUCUAUUUAAAUUAAAAUAUUUUUGUCUUUGCA